GUGGACAUUUUGUUAGCAAAGGAAGCGAACCACAGACUGAGAGGGGAGAAGGAGGAGCUGGAAAAGCAGCUGGAAGCAGCACGGAAGAGGGACCUCUGGGAGGAUCCAGCAAUGAUGCUGCCUGCCUUGCCAAAGAAGAAGAUGGUGUUUAAGGGACUUGUGACAAACAAGGAGGACAUGAACAAGCUGAUGCUCACCCCACAGAUCCGCUGCCCUCUGCUUGGUGGCUCAGCUCUCAUCACCUUUGAGAAGGCAGAAGUGGCACAGAGAAUCAUAGAGAUGAAGGAGCACACGGUGGAGCUGAGCUGUGGGGAGGAGCUGGAGGAGCCGGACCGGUGCAGAGCACGCGUGCAGGCAGCGCCGGUGGAUGUGCUCCUGCCGUCUGCUCUGGAGAUCGGGCUGACUCGCAGCAGCCGGAGCAUCCUGGUGUCGGACCUGCCCAGCCUGGACAUCCCUGAGGAGGCACUGCUGGACAAGCUGGAGCUCUUCUUCAGCAAGACAAAGAAUGGGGGUGGUGAGGUGGAGAGCAGGGAGUUCCUGGAUGACACCAGCCAGGUGGUGCUGACCUUUGCGCAGGAUGGAGUGGCAGAGCCACUAAUUGCAAGAGGACACAUCUGGGUGCUGAUUGGGAAAGGAAAAUACGAGCUCAAAAUAUCCCCGUGCAUGAGAGGAGAUGUCACCGAUGUGCAA